CUUGUUUUGUGCUAUUAUUAUCGUCAAAAUGUAAAAGUUUGGGUGAUUUGCCCAAACAAAUUCGUGAAUUGCAUUAAUAUAUAUGAGCCAGUUGGUUGCAUAUUUUGUCUAUAAACUAUGUUCAUUGACUUAUAAGAAGGUAUUAUUAACAAUGGAACAAGACAUAGAAAACUUCACAUACGAGUAUAUUGAUCAAAUGGCUCCAAAAGUUUCGUGGCACCACACAUCAUUUUACAUACGCAUACUAUGGAUCAUAGCAUCACUUUCAGCGCUUUCAAUGGACAUCUCCCUAAUAGUAGUCAUCAAAAAAUUCAAAAUCCUUGAAAAAUCUCGUUCCUACAAGUACCUGCUUGCUUUUGCCAUAUCCCAUUUGUGCUACAUGCUCUUGUCGGAAAUUUUAGGCAUGUUUUUCGAAGCUAUUUCCCAUGGCCUGUCACAAACAGGCCGUUGCCUUGUUACAAACAUCGACUGCUGUUGUAUAGAGAUGGGGUUGUUUGUUCUAACCUUCAUGGCUAUCGACUGGUACGUUUUUCAUUACUACAGAUUGUUCUAUGACAAUCAUUUGAAGGUCUUUAAUCACGGUGUUUUGAUAUCCUUUUUGAUCCUUUUUUUCAAAAGCUUUGUAGUUUUUAUAGCUUGUUUCGUCAACGAUCAUAUUUUGGGAAUGUUCGAUAACUUUAUUUUUCUGGACUUUUUCGAUUUAGCUUCAUUUUUUCUGUGUUUUAUUAUUCUAGCAUUGUUAUUUAUUGCUUGGAAACGCAAAACGCCCUGUAACACAUCUAAAAAGUACGAAUAUUCCUUAAUUGUUCCUUGUAUAUAUUUCUUGAUGUCUUUACCACUGAAUAUAUUUUAUCUGGUUAGAAUUUUUGAGCGGCUUGAGUAUUAUAGUGUUGUUCACGAAGUUAUUUUGGACUGUUUAAUUACUGUGUCAUAUUUGGGAGUGAUUGUAAUAGUGUUUUUGUUAGGAAAAUACGACAAACACUUCAAGAUGGCUUACAUGAAGUGCUGUAAGAGAAGAUAUGAAAAUGGGAAUUUCCAGGACGCAGUUUCUGAAGAUGGCAGUGAAGAAGACACUGUGACUUAUGAUGGACAAGUUGUCAGAAUCUAGUUUAAUUUAUAUUAUUAAUACAAUGGACCAAGACAUGGAAAACUUUACAUUCAACCCAAUGUAUAUUGAUCAAGUUGGUCCACUUUACCACACAUCAUUCUUCAUACAUUUACUAUGGAUUAUAGUAUCACUUGCAGCUCUUUCAAUGGACAUCUACCUAAUAGUAGUAAUCAAAAAAUUCAAAACCCUUGAAAGCUCUCGUUCCUACAAGUACUUUCUUGCUUUUGCCAUAUCCCAUCUGUGCUACAUGCUCUUGUCGCAAAUUUUAAGCAUGUUUUUCGAGGUUAUUUCUCAUGGCCUCUCCCAAACUCGUUCUCUGCUUGUCACAAUCAUCGACUGUUUUUGCCUAGAGAUGGGUUUGUACGUCCUAACCUUCAUGGCUAUCGACUGGUAUUUUUUUCAUUACUACAGACUGUUCUAUGACAAACAUUUGAAGGUUUUUAAUCACGGCGUCUUGGUAUCCUUUUUGAUACUUUUUUUUAAAAGCUUUGUAGUUUUGUUAUCAUGUUUCGUAAACGAUCACAUUUUGGGACAGGCGGAUAAUUUUAUUUUUCUGGACUUUUUCGAUUUAGCUUCAUUUUUUCUGUGUUUCAUUACUCUAACGUUGUUGUUCAUUACUUGGAAACGUAAAACGCCCAAUAGUACAUCUAAAAAAUACGAGUAUUCCUUGAUUGUUCCUUGGGUAUAUUUCUUGAUGUCAUUACCGCUGAAUAUAUUUUAUGUAGUGAAUGUUUUUCAGCGUCCUGAAUACUAUAGUGUUAAUCAUGAGGUUCUUCUGGACUGUUUAGCUAUUGUGUCAUAUUUGGGAGUGAUUGUAGUGGUGCUUUUGUUAGGUAAAUACGACAAGCACUUCAAGAUGGCGGACUUGGAGUGCUGUAAGGGAAAAUAUAAAAAUGAGAAUUUCCAGGAUGCAGUUUCUGAUGUUGGUAGUGAAGAUACCACUGUGACUUUUGAUGGACAAGUUGUCAAUCUCUAGUUUUUUUUGUCAUUAGUUUUGUAUAUUCAAUAAAAUGUUACAUUAUACAAUA